GCAUCUCGGGACCAGGAUCCGCUCACUCGGGGCUGCACACUCAGGAAUUACCGGCCGUGACGCGCGGAGCGGCUUCAUCCGUACCUGCAGUUUUCGCAGCGCCUUCGCACCGUCCACUGUAUUUUAUAUUGCACAUCGACGCACAGCGGGGCAAUAAAUCGAUUAGCGCGUGCUGUAUUUUUUUUUUUCGUCGACGAUCCACGUGCACACACAGACACAGAGAUAUAGUGUACGACAUGCGCGUUCAGUGUGAGUCAGUGGGACUGAGGAUUGGAGCGUUGUUUUGAUUAUUUUCACAUUGAGUGCGUCGUUCAGUGAGACACGAAGGAACUUACCACCAGUACUGCCUAGAAACGUUCUACACAUCGUCGAGUGCGACUUUGGAGGAUAGUUUCAGCUUUCGACGAGACGCCGAGACGAGAGUCUCAAUCACGGCAGCACAAUUGAGCUGGACUUGCACCAACGAGCCGCCGGCCACUUUAUGAGAGCCGGCGGCAACAUGUGCGACGGCUCGUUCCAGGAGACGUUGCGCGGCAUGCAGGGCAUGUCGGGUGCCUCGCCACCAGGCGGCGCUGCCGUCGGCCCGAUGGUGGGCGCGGUGGGCUUGACCAGUCCUCUGGGCUCGGCCAGCGCCGCCAAGCGGAUGCAGGCAGAUCACAUCAAGAGGCCCAUGAACGCCUUCAUGGUCUGGUCGAGAUCGCAGCGCAAAAAGAUCGCCCACGACAACCCCAAGAUGCACAACAGCGAGAUCUCCAAGAGGCUUGGUGCGGAAUGGAAGCUUCUGUCCGAGGAAGAAAAGCUGCCUUUCAUCGACGAGGCCAAGAGGCUGAGGGCGUUGCACAUGAAGGAACAUCCCGACUACAAAUACCGGCCGCGAAGAAAGCCAAAGACGCACCGCAAGGAGGGCUACCCCUACAGCAUUCCCUACCCCAGCGUACCUAUGGACGCCCUCAGAGCCAGUAUGCCAGGAGGAAUAGGCCAAGCGAGCAUGAGCUCGUACUACGGUCCAGCCGCGGCUUACGGCUCGUUGUCAGCCGCGAGUAUGGCCGCGGCUGCGGCUGCUGCGGCCCAGCAAUCGGCUGCGGCUAUGUCCGCAGGACUCACGGCACCGGCUCAGGUGGUGAGUUCGAUGGACGCGAUGAAGUACUCGAUGGAGGCGGACAAGUACCGGGCGGCGUACAUGCCGCCGUCGACCUUAGCCAUGUCGAUGUACCCGGACACCAAGUACCUGGACUCCAGCUCCAAGUCCUACCUGGACCGCAGCUAUCUCGACUCGGCCAAGGCCUACUUGGAGCAGUCCAAGCUCUACAUGGACCACCAGCAGCAGCAACAGCAACAGCAACACCAGCAGCAGCAGCAACAACAGCAGCAGCAGCAAAAGUCCUCGGCUCUCGCCGACUACAACAGACACUCGAGCUACGAACCGAACAAGCUGUACGAGGAAUCGAGUCCCGGAGGUGGCGGUGGUUCCCUGAGCCGUUCACCAGCCGCUGAUUCACCGGACGGCCUCGUGGCUAAGAACAACUCCGCUGACGCCGGGGGCAGCAACUCGCGCAGCAACGAGCUCGGCUCAUCCAGCGCGAGCUCCUCGGCCUCGACGUCGAGUCCAGGCGCCGCCAGUAUCUCCAGCUACUACCCAGGAGCCCAAGCCGGUGCUCUCCUCGGCCCACAGAUGGGACAGUACGCCAGCUACCAGAGCGCCGCCGGCGGCCCGGGCAACGAGUUCCGCAGGCCCCUGACGGUCAUCUUCUGACCCGAUCGGGCCUAGCUCUGAGCCGUGCUCGGCCGCGAUUUCAGGCAGUGAAGCUCCUAUUUGAAUUUUUUGUACAUUUUAUUAUUCAAAAUUGUUCAUAUCGCGACCUAUGUAUGCUAAAUUUACUCCUUAUUUAUUUAGAGAGUCUUGUCUUCACUUCGUUGUGUACUUUUAGCUUGAAGAACGAAAAGAAAGAAAAAAUCCCUACGAUUUACGCGGGGGAGGUCUUCGCGGAAUUCGGACCUCCCCCUAACGGUGUUGUGUUCCUAAGAUUCGGCAGACGAGUCAUUUGAUUAUUUGCUCUUGAAACCAAACGAAUCUCGGCCUUCCUUUUAUUUUAUGUUUUUUUUUUUUGUUUAGUCUACACUUAGUUCUUAGAUAUAUUCAUAACUCUUAAGCAUACUUCGUCCCUGAAUCAUCUUAUUCGUGAACGACGAGCCGCGUUUCAUUGUUUUCCGACGCGAUGAAGCUCGAGCUCGAGUAUUAUAUAAAUAAUGAAGAAUUGUACAUAUUAUCAGAAUGUCUGUAAAUAGCAGUAGGUAUAUAUAAUCUCGUCGAAUCAGCUACGAGAAUCUGUCCGUAUUAUUGAUUAAUCGAAUUACUCUCGCGGCUAGAGUGAUGCCUAAGGAUCGAGAGAUUGUUAAGUUUUUCUGUUCUUUUCUUGAAAGAAUGUCGCGAGUUUCGCGCGUGGACCACAUUAUUAUAUCAUUAUUAUUAUCAUUAUUAUUAUUAUUCGUAUAGAUUAUUAAUUAUCAAUACACUACCGUCGUCGCGCAUCUUCGUUUGCUUCCCAAGCGAAGCACUAUAGCUUUAGAGUACCGUAAUCGUGCGAGUCUUUGAAUUUGUUAUGAUUUGAUAUGCGCCGCUGCGUAUAUUAUACGCACACGCGAACACAGGUUUUAUAAUUAAAGACACGUGAGAAUAUACGAAGGUAAAAACGAGAAGAAAAAAAGGUUGUACAUUAACGAAGGAAACGUUUAAGCGAAACAACGAAUUGUACGAGCUCACGCAGUAAUUGUGUUGUACAUAGACGCGUUUUUAUCCGGAAAGUUUCAAGCAGUAUACCAUAUGGCAUGUAUAUGUAUCAUCGAGACAAGAUUCACAUCGAUGCCUAUAAUACGUGGAUUUGUUUGUAAUCGUAAUCUAACGACGGAGACACACGACGCUUCUCUUUUCGCCUCGACGAAGCGGCGAAAAAAAAAACGCAAAAAUUGUCCCGCUCGAGGGUGAAAAAUUCGUCCGACUAUUGUUCCCCCCCUCCACCUCCGUGACUUUGUCCCCCCUGCCCUAUUCACGACGUGUAACCUUUGUAUAUCUAUUGUUAUGAUAAACAUUGUAAUAGUUCUACCGGUUACUCGAUUAUCAUAGUCCGAGCGAAGCAAAUAAUCUAUAAAUAUUGUACCGUAAGUGGAGAUUCAAAUAAAAGCUAAGCAUUAUCCUUCAAAAAAAA